AAACAUCUUUCUUAAUUUUUUUCUCAUUACAUUUCGAGACAAAAAGCAUUUGGGGGUGGAAAUGAAAUAUUAAAUAUUAGGAGUUUUUUUUUCUAUUUGAAAUUAGUUUGGUAAUUGUAUUAAACAGUGUGGUACAAAAGCGAUAUUUCUUAAAAACGUUUCCUAUUCAAUAUUUUGAAAAUAAAAAGAAAAUCAUCGGUGAAAUAAAAAAUAAAAUGAAUGAAGGUUCAAGUUCACAAAUUGAAUAUGCAAGUGAAACAGAGCUACUGGCAGAUUUUAAGAAACACAUGUGUGAUCCGGCAAAUCUAGAACGCGCAACAAAUUAUCUGUAUAAUUCAUUAGUUGACGAAACCAUUAUGGGAGUUGUAUUCGAAUUACACUAUUUACACAAAACAGGUCUCGAUGUUGCAAUUGAGGGUGAACCUGAAGAUCCAACUAAAUUCAGUAUUGUAGACAUGCCCGAUAUGGAUGUAUUUGGUUCGACAAAUACCAAGAAAGCUGUAGAUUGUACAUGUCCAAAUUGUGACCGGCCUGUGGCAUCAUCACGUUUUGCGCCACAUUUGGAAAAAUGCAUGGGAAUCGGACGUAAUUCAUCGAGAAUUGCGAGUCGACGAAUAGCCAAUUCUCGUGAUGGAAAUAAUUACUUUGGCAAUAAUAUUAGUGACGAUGAAGAUGAUGCGGAUUGGUCGAGUGAUAAAAAGAAAAAGAAAAUUCAAUCAAUGCGAACAAAUGGAUCGAAAAAGAAUGGCAAAUAAAAGCGAAAUAACAUCUCAAAAUAUAACAAACAAACAUUUAUUAAGACCUUAAAUAGUUUUUUUUUCUUCAAUUUGAUACUUAUUUAUUUAUAUGAAGAUAUUUUUGUAGAACGUAAAUAAACCAAUUAGUUGUCUGCGUGUUUCAUUCACCGUACCUCCCAAGAAAAUAGCCGAAUAACUUUAUUUUGACUUCU